UCUUGGAAAUGCAGGGUUUUUAGGAGGCAGUUGUCGUCGAUAUAGUAACGCAGCAUCUCCAGAACAGAAAGUAUUGAAGUUUGAGGACCAAGAAAAACUGUUAGCAAAUGCAAAUGAUUCAUUUUCCGAGGAAGAAAUCAUGAAAAUUAGGCAAGAGUACGAUGCUGCGAAGGAGAAGUUUCUAAAGAUUCCUGAUGCAUUGGAACAAAUGCCCAAAAUGAAUCCUAAAGGUGUAUAUGUUAAUAAGAAUGUGCGGCUGGACAGCAUACAAGUCUAUGGCUUCGACUAUGAUUACACGUUGGCGCAUUACUCCUCCAAUUUACAGAGCUUGAUUUACGAUCUUGCAAAACAGCAUAUAGUUGAUGAGUUCAAGUAUCCCGAUACUUGCUUGGAAUUCAAGUAUGAUCCAAGUUUUCCCAUCAGAGGGUUAUACUACGACAGAUCAAAGGGGUGCCUUAUGAAGUUGGACUUUUUUGGAUCAAUUGAGCUCGACGGAUGCUACUAUGGCAGGCGUAAGCUCAGCCGAGAGGAAAUAGAUGAGAUGUAUGGUACAAGACAUAUUGGUCGUGAUCAAGCACGGGAACUAGUUUCUUUGAUGGAUUUCUUCUGUUUUAGUGAGGCAUGCCUUAUUGCUGACAUUGUGCAACAUUUUGUUGAUGCUAAAUUGGAAUUUGAUUCUCGUUAUGUAUAUCAAGAUGUGAAUCGAGCGAUACAGUAUGUUCAUAAUAGCGGGUUAGUUCACCGAGGAAUUCUUGCUGAUCCCCCCAGAUACCUUGUAAAGAACGAUCAGCUGCUUCGCUUUCUAAAGAUGCUGAAGGAUAAAGGAAAGAAACUUUUCUUGUUGACCAACUCUCCUUUUUAUUUUGUGGAUGGAGGGAUGCGCUUUAUGUUGCAGGUAUUUUCAGGUGGAACAAAACGAAGAUUGUAAUCUUUUGGC